UUCAACGUAAAUGCCGUCGGAUUUGUUGUUCAUGCCUUGAUUGCCUAAAGACACGAUAAGCUGCCGGCAUAUUCGCACCAAUUCCAUGACUCAAAUGCGUUAUUUCCAUACGAAUAAGCUAAAUUAGUCAAAUCGACGAUACCCGUCCAAUAGUGCAAGCCACACCGAAACUUAAGUACUCACCAGCGUACAGCGGAGAUUUUAUGCGCCACCGAAUCAUCCCGUCCAAGCGUCAAAUUCUUCACCCCUAUCCAUAUCUACCGACAGAUUGCAAGGUUUGUAGAUCCACUCCACGUUGAGGCUCUGAGCCUCGGCUCAUUUAACGUCGAUGGUCUAUAUAGACAGACACUCCGUAGCAGCCUGUCAUUUGUUAGACAAUUCUCAGCAUUCAUCAUGGCUACUAAACGCUUCCAUCUUAUGGGUGAAGACCCUUCAACUGCCCAGGAAAUUGAGAUCCCUACGUCAUUAGACGAGCAAGGUCUUCAACAUCUGGUGGCGUCGCAUUUUGCAAUUGUUGAUCCAUCUGGCAUUGGUUUUGUCACUGAGUCCGAUGCUUUGACAACCGUUGCAGACGUCCUCGCCGCUGAUGACAUUUCCAUCACCAUCGAUGGAAAGGCUGUUCGCGAGGUUCCAGGCCCAAAAGGUCUGCCUCUUGUAGGCAACUAUUUUGAAGUGUACCCUGACCAUCUCGGUAACCACCAACGGUUAUUCGAGAAGUAUGGCCCUCUCUUCAAGACCACCAACAUGGGCAGCACCAUUUAUCACACAAAUGAUCCCAAGCUGGCCAACAUUGUUUUCGGCGAGACAGACUUUUUCUCCAAGCGCAUCAUCGAAGGUCACCCUCUGUUCCCCAUCAAGAACAAGGAGGCUGGUGUUUUCCUUGGUGACACUGAUACAGAAGAGUGGAAAGAGGUACACAAGUUUCUGCCUCCAGCUCUUGGUCCCAAGGCCGUGCGACACUAUGCUCCUACCAUGCAAAAGACUGUUGAGGAUGCGUUCAAGGUUUUUGACGAACUUGAUGAGCGCGACGAGGCUUGGAAUGUGUAUCCUUACAUGUUGAAGCUUGGAUCUCAGGCUGUCGGCAAGUUGGUGCUUGGCAUGGACUUCCAACACUUUACCUCUCCUGAUGCAAGACCUCAUGCAAUGGUAAUGAGAAUUGCGCAAUCUCUGGAACUCAACAAGAAGAUCACUUCAAUGGGCAGCUGGUACAAGAACCUCCCAUUCGGUGACCCUCAACGUCUCCGGGAUGCUCGCGCGCACAUGGAGUUGAUGAUGAAGGAGUCUGUUGAGAACGCUUCCAAGGGUGAGGGAGACUUGGAGCUGCAGGAUGCUGCUGUCCAAGCCGAGAACAUGGUCGAUUAUGUCCUUCGUGCUAGUGAUAGCAAGGGCAACAAGCUUCCUCGUGAGCGAAUCAUGGAGCCUCUUGUUGUUGCCACUGGUGCCGGUUUCACAACAACUAGUUCUCUUCUUUCAUGGCUGCUCUACGGCCUCGUUGCUUACCCUGGCAUGCAAGAGAGACUUCUCCAAGAAAUGGUGGACAAUGGCUUCGAUGAGAACACCCAAAUCACUGCCGACCUUACCAACAAACUUACCUUCCUUGACAAGUACAUCAAGGAGACACAACGACGACACAACCCUUCGUACCAACCUGCACGAACAGCAUCCGUCGACAUGGUCCUCCCCGGUGGCUAUAAGCUUCCCAAAGACUCUAUCGUCAUUCCCGCCCUUCACCACAUUCACAACAACACCAAGAUUUGGGACAACCCAGCUUUGUUUGAUCCUGAUCGAUGGGACACUGAUCGUGUCAAGAACCGCCCUAAUGCUUCGUAUAUUCCUUUCGCCACUGGACCUCGUAUGUGUGUUGGUUUCAACUUUGCUCUGCAAGAAGUCAAGGUCUUCCUGCCCAAGUUGGUGUAUCGAUACAAGUUCAGUCUUGCACAAGAUGGACCUGUUGAGUAUGAUCCAAUGUUUCAAUUGAUUCGACCGAACAACCUGUAUGUGAGGGCAGAGCGAAGGAUAAAGUGGCCUUCAAAGAGCGAUUAGAUUGGGAUAUGGAUAGACAAAAGUAUAAUAGAUUUAAUGUACAAUAGAUGAGAUGAGAUGUAUGUAAGAACAUUGAUAUACAUG